GUUAUGAUCGGCUUAGCACGGCACCUCGAAAAAAUUGAAGGACUCAGACAUGCCAUCUACGCAGACGAUGUGACAAUCUGGGUAACAAGGGGAUCCUUAGGACAAAAACAAGACCUUCUGCAACGCGCCGCAGAUACGGUCCACGACUACAUCCGACAAUGCGGACUUGACUGCUCCCCGGAGAAAUCCGAGGUUCUCAGAGUCUACAGAAGAGGAUACAAUCUGCAAAACUCCAUAGACAUCUACAUAGGGGGGAAGAAGAUUCCGGAAGUAUCCCAAAUUAAGAUCCUAGGCAUGUGGAUACAAAGUAACUGCCGUAUAGACCACACCAUCAGACAGCUCUCAAACACCACAGCGCAGAUUACGAGGAUGAUCGCCAGAAUCUCGAACAGAAGACGAGGUAUGAAGGAGGAGGACACGUGUAGGCUUGUACAGGCUCUCGUGGUCAGUAGGAUUGUAUACAGUGCACCCUACCAAACACCGCUCCAACAGGAAAAGGAACAAUUAGAGGCAAUCCUUAGGAAAGCCUACAAAUGCGCCCUCGGACUACCAGUCAACACCUCGACGGAAAAAUUCCUUAAACUGGGCAUAAACAACACAGUUCAAGAACACAUCGAGGCGCACCUGCUUGCGCAGAAAAUGAGACUCAUGCUGACUCCAACGGGCAGGUACACGCUGCAGAUACUGGGCAUGAGGGAUGCUUGCCGAGAAAUUAACAAUACAGAGAGUAUACCGAAGGACAUUCGCCAGAUCAUUGAGGUCAGCCCAUUACCUAGAAACAUGCAUCCGAAAAUACAUAAGGCCAGAAGAAAGGCAAGAUCAGAAGCACACGAAAGAAAUUUCACAGGGAGAACAGAUGUACUGUACGUUGACGCAACCACAUACAGAGAACACUCCGGGGCGGUAGUGAGCGUUGUUGAUCACCAGCUUAGGGAAGUCAAUAGCGCUUCGAUCAAAGCAAUAAUCCUCGAGGCUGAGGAAGUAGCGAUCGCUCUCGCCAUCACGCACCAGGGCAAAGAAUCCACUGCGGAAAUAGUUACGGACUCGCAAGAAGCGUGCAGACGAUACAGCAGCGGGCGCGUAUCCACUGCUGCCAUCCGCAUACUCAAGGCGAGAAAAAUCACCUUCUCGUGCUGCUCCAUUACGUGGACACCAGGCCAUGAAACUGUGACUGGGAACCAGCGUGCUGACGCCAACGCCCGAGCAUACGCCAACCGGGGGGCGCACAACGACGGGGAACCAAACACAGUCACUAGACGCUAUGGGGCAAUUCUAGAACAUCAAAGAGCCCUGAGGAGGAUUUACCCUCCUCCCCACAAAGACCUCAGUAAAGAGCAGUCGGUUGCCUGGAGACAGCUGCAGACUAAUACAUACCCAAAUCUCAGCCUACUUAACAAAAUCUAUCCGACUACAUACGACAACAAAUGCCCGCUAUGCGGGGAACAUGCAACACUUUAUCAUGUUACAUGGGCCUGCCAACACUCAAAGGAUGUGCCAAUAAACAACACACCAACACCGGAGCAGUGGGAGGCUGCGCUGUCCUGCUCGAAGCCUGAAGAACAGCUCAAGCUGAUCGACAGAGCGCGCAAGAUGGCAAAGGCCACAGGGGCCCUGGACUGAGGGCUCC